GGUUCCUCCAAGGAGACAACAAAUGAUGCAAAGGGAAAGCAUUAGCUCCAUUUAGGAAUCUUCCAACUCUCCAGCCUCUUGGCUUCUGUCUUGUUCAUCUGCUCGAUGUAAGAAAAAUGGACGGCAGCGUUCUCCGGCAGCUGUCAAUUCGGUCUGCAACUUCUCUUGCCUUUACAGCUAGAUGCUGUGGAAAUGAGUGCAUAUUGCCUCAGUUUUCUGCAUAAUGGCUCAACAUUGAGUGCUGUGAACUUGAAGAAUAGAAGAAUCAUCUGAUCAAGGCUUUGAUUAUAUUGGGUGUUUUUUGGUUAAAGUAAGGUGUGUAAUGGAAGGAGUCACAGACGGAAAUGGUGUUCCUCCAAAUGCCUUUGAUAAGUCCAAAAUUUUGGAUGUGAAACCGCUUCGUAGCUUGGCUCCUGUCUUCCCUGACGGACCUCAAGGCCAAUAUUUUGUCUGCGCACCACCUUUUGGCCCUUUCCCAUCCGGCUUUACUCCAUUUUACCCUUUUAGUGUACCACCAGGAUUCCAAUCUGAACCUGAAACCCCUACUCCCAUUCGGUUAUUUAGAACAGCAGUCCCUCAUUUUUCAGCCACUCGUAAUGGUGAGAGCGGGGCAUCAAUGGAUGCAUCUAGAGGAGGAAGCGGCAAGCCUCCAAGGAAAAAUCGAGAUGUGCAGUUUUCAUCUGGAAAAGGGCCUGCUAAGGAUUUUAAACUUGGGUUUAGUUCCACUGAACGGGAUGAUGGCAACUGGGAAGUGGUGGAAAAUGUGCUUAUGAGGUUUGAUGCACUUCGGAGAAGGUUUAGUCAACUAGAAGAUGCGAAGGAAACAACAUCUGGGAUUAUCAGGCGAGCAGAUUUGAAAGCAGGCAAUGUAUUGAUGAGCAAAGGGAUUCGUACAAACAUGAAGAAAAGGAUUGGAGCUGUUCCUGGAAUUCAAUAUGGGGAAAUUUUCUUUUUCCGGAUGGAGUUGUGUGUGGUGGGAUUGCAUGCUCCAUCCAUGGGUGGAAUCGACUACAUAAAUGUGAGGGGUAACUCCGAGCAAGAGACACUGGCUCUAAGUAUUGUUUCAUCUGGCGGUUAUGACGAUGAAGCAGAAGAUGCAGAUGUUUUAAUAUAUAGUGGUCAAGGUGGGAAUGCCUAUUACAAGGACAAAGAGGCAGCUGAUCAGAAGCUUGAACGAGGUAAUCUUGCUCUGGAAACGAGCUUGCACCGAGGCAAUGAAGUAAGAGUUGUUCGGGGUAUGAAGGAUGCAGUUAGUACAAAGGCAAAGGUGUAUGUAUAUGAUGGACUAUAUAAAAUUCAGGAGUCAUGGAUGGAGAAGGGGAAAUCAGGUGGCAGUAUGUUCAAAUAUAAAUUGUUGAGGUUGCCUGGACAGCCAGAUGUUUUUGCUCUCUGGAAAUCAAUUGAGAAGUGGAAAGAAGGUUUGUCGUCAAGGCCUGGACUUAUUCUUCCUGACCUUGCUUCAGGUGCUGAAAGCAUGCCUGUUUCACUGGUAAAUGAGGUUGAUGAUGAGAAAGGACCUGCUUAUUUUACUUAUUUCCCUACCGUGAAGUAUUCUAAAUCAUUCAAAUUAUUGCAUCCUUCUUUUGGCUGCAACUGCCACAGUGCAUGUGCCCCUGGAAGUACGAACUGCUCGUGCAUUCAAAAGAAUGGAGGUGAUUUUCCUUAUACUGCUAAUUUCAAUCUGGUAAGCCGAAAAUCACUGGUAUAUGAAUGUGGUCCCUCAUGCCCAUGCUUCCCUAAUUGCAAAAACAGAGUUUCUCAGAUGGGUUUGAAAGUUCGCCUGGAGAUUUUUAAAACAAGAGACAGGGGUUGGGGACUGCGCUCAUGGGAUCCUAUUCGUGCAGGCACUUUUAUUUGUGAAUAUGCAGGUGAAGUGAUUGACAAAAUCAACACCAGGCAGAGCGGUGAAGAUGAUCACAAUGAGCAUGUUUUUGAUACAAGCCGUACUUAUCAAUCGUUCAGGUGGAAUUUUGAACCCGAGUUAAUAGAGGAGGAGAGCCCCCCUGCUCCAACCGAAGAGUUUGAUAUCCCGUCUCCUCUGAUCAUAAGUGCAAAGAACAUUGGAAAUGUUGCUCGAUUCAUGAACCAUAGUUGCUCUCCAAAUGUCUUCUGGCAGCCAGUUAUUUAUGAGCACAACAAUGAAUCCUUUCUCCACAUUGCAUUCUUUGCAAAGAGACACAUCCCACCUAUGACAGAGUUGACAUAUGAUUAUGGCAUUGCCCCCACAGAUGGUGAGUCUAACAGCACGCCAUCUGGUAGAAAGAAAUGCUUGUGUGGGUCACCACAAUGCCGGGGCUACUAUUGAUGGUGAUUUAGGUAUGAUUGCCAGUGAAGAAGUAAUGAGAAUAUGCAGUUUUUACAAAGGUUCAGACAAUCCUACUCUAUCGGCAAUCUAUAAGCAGGUUAAAAAUUUCUUUAUAUGCAAGGCAUGUAUCAAAGUAGGAUAUGUCUGUUUUGCACUCUGUAUUUCAAGUGACUGGUUAUGUUACCGUCUUGACUGAUGAACGGAUCGUUUUAACUUAUCCUGAAUUCCUUUAAUGAAGCUGCUUAAUUAUU